UAUACUCCUCAUAGAUAGUGACCAUACUAGUGACAAACGAACGCCAUUUUUGAUCCACGAUGUCCAUACUCUUACUUGAGGUUCUCUAUCUCGAACAACACAUCUCUCAAUGAUGUAAAAGUCCCUAAAAAGUACUAGAUUCGAAUGCGUUUGAAUGAUUCCGAACCGUUUCAAAACAAGUUAGCCUGUCGUCGUAGUAAUCUGAAACUCGAAGAAUUACGUAUUUUUGAGAUAUAAAUUUCAUCUGACAUAAGGAGAGACAGAUUAAGGUAUUUACAUCAUGGAUACAUCCGUUAACACGAUUCACCGUAUUUUACUGGACGCUUCGUUGCCCUCAACUCUAGAAGAUCUAAAAAACCCAACAGAAGAUUACAUUGUGAACUUGCUGAAAAUAUUUUUGUUACGAUUUGGUAUUGAUGUAAACUUAAUCGAUCGGCCACUUUCAGAGCAACAUACCGCUAUGCUGUAUUACAAGGACUCUGACCUAGUAAAGCUGAUAAACUUACAUGCUGUUGUAACACAAAUAUUUGAUAACAUAUUUAUAUCUGAUUUUUCUCUUAUCGACAUCAUGAGUCCCGGGCAAAAGCGGCUUAAGAGGCAAGCAAAAUUUCUUUCCAACUUUGUAUUGUAUACAAUGCUCAAGAAGUCGGAAUUUAAUGACAGGAUGGAUCAAAUUCAGGCAAUGUCCAGACAGUUAGAAGAAAUAAAAGGGGACAGGGCUCAAGUUCUGGAGUCUAUGAAUAAUAAAGCAUUGAACAAAGCUAAGCAGUUAGCUUUGACAAAGAAGUAUGAACAUGAUAUACAACAAAUGGAAUUAAAAAUAGAAAACAACAAUAAAAGGGAAUUGGAGCUUGAGAUAAUAAAGAGCGAAGAGGAAAAAGAAAAUGCAAAGGCGAAGGAAGUUUGCGGUUCUAUUAGGAAUGCAGUAGGAAAGCUAUCCAAACUAAUAGCUGAGAAACAAGCAGCAGUGGUGCAUUCACCAGAAGAGUAUCAAUCUCGCUUGGACGAGCUUAGAAAGCAGAAAGACCUAAAAGUGCAAGCCCGUGAUGUGAUGCAGGAAGCGAUUCAGGAUAAAAAACAGUCUAUAAAGCAGAUGGAAGAAAAAUUAAAUUUUAUUCUGUCAAUAAAGAACUCAUUCGCUGCAUUGUCAGAUACAUUUAAAGAGCUAAAAGAGAAGGAAACAAAAUUAGAUGAUAUAAAAAAGCAGAUAGAUUCAUUGAAUAAAACGAUGAACGAGCAGCAGACUGAAAUAAAAAUACACAACGAUCAUAUGGACACCGAAAAGAAUGAAUUACAAUGUCUUGAGAAUGAGAUUACUUCAGUAUGCAGCUCGUACAAUCAAUUAUUGAGUGAAAAGAAAGUAACGAGAAGCAAAUUUGAAGCAUGUAAAGUGUCCUUCAAUGAGGAAUGCUCGAGAUUUAAUAAAAUACAAGCAGACACCCGAAAAGUAGAGGAAGACACUACAGCUUUCCUCCACUCUUGCCAAGAAACUUAUGACAAGGAAAUUGAUAAUGAACGUGAUUUACGAAGUGCUUGGAGGAAAGAGUAAAUGAGUCGUUC